CAACAUGUCUUCCUAUCUGGUCGGGCCGGACCGCUGAGAUCCGCUUCUGGGUCUGAAAGACAGGAAGCAGCAACCAGCUCCGUCGCUGUGCUGGACUUCAACGGAUGAAGGGUUUCUCUGAUGCAUGUUAAUAACCUGUGAUGCAAUCUGGGCUGUUUUCCUGCUAACUGACCCGUUCCUGUCCAGCAUUCAGCUGAAAUGCUGGGUUGUGAUCCACCGGAGCAGCGGAGGAUCCUCGCUGAGCCGAUCCAAGCUUCUUAUGCUGGAGCUGCAGCAGACGGCUGCAAGCUAAAAUGGCCCCUUUCAUUCAGAGGCGGCCAUGUUUGAUGCAUGGAGGAGAAAUAAGGAGAACACCUGGAGAACCAAACACCUGGAGAACCAAACACCAUCCAUCCAUCCAUCGUGUUGCAGUCUUUUCUUCCUCUCAGAUCUCUGCAGGCUCACAUGCGUCGUUCUGCAUGUCGACCUCCACAACAUCCAGCAAUGUGUUGGACAACUUGAAGAUGGGGCCCAGAGGGGUCCAGUGUGUACUUGCAGGGUCCGGCCGAGUCCCGUGGCGGCUCAUCAAGGCCCAGGUGGCCGUGGCGAUGGCCGUCAUCAGAAGCAGACCCCCUGGCGUGAGCGGCCGACAGCACGGUGAGGCUUUGGGCCGCACACUGAGGCGGCAGGACGGCGUGUGGCGGGAAAGGGCCCAGGCGCUGCAGGAGGAGGUGCUCCGGCUGCGGCAGGAGCUGCUGGUCUCCAGGGCGACGGCCAACACAAACAGCAGCAGGGAGACGGCAGACGAAGCCAUCAUGGAGGAUCUGUCUCAGGAUCUGUUUGGACCAGGAAGUCCAGCUUUUGGCGCCGAUCCUCCCCCAGACUGUGACUCAGAGACUCCUGACUUCCUGCUGCAGGACCCUCCUUUUCCUUUUCCUCUUCCUCUUCCUCUUCCUCUCCCUCCUCCUCCUCCUCCCUCCAGACUCCAGAGCGAUUCCUGGAGCGACUCGUUGCUUCCUCACAUGCGGUUCCUGCAGUCUCUAUGUUCCCUGCAGCGCCUCGACGGCAGCAGCGUGGCUCUGGCCCCAGAGGGCCACGGCGGCUCAGCGGCUUCAGAAACCAUCUUCCUGCUCCUGGACAGCGUGGCGGCGGCCUGCGGGGCCCCCCCGCCGCCGGGGCUCCCAGACUUGCUGCCCCAGGCCUGCCGGGUGGCGUCCCGGGCCUUGGACCUCCUGUGCUCCGGGCGGCCGUCCGCAGACCUGCAGAGAUGCGUGGAGGAGGCGCUGAGGGAGCUGACCCGGACGCUGCUGCACAGCCAGCGGCCCGGCAGGGCUGCAGAGAAGUUGACGGAGUCCCUGGUGGCUCUGGGGAGCAGCAGCGUAUCAAAGUCCUUCCUCGUGUGUCUCAUCCUGUCGGAGAUCGGCUCUCUGGCUGAGCAGCUCUGGCAGACCUCCCAGGUGCAGGAGAGCUCAGCGCUCCGGACCUUUCCCCUGGACCAGUACCAGAACUCCUGCCACCUGCUGUGGGUUCUGGAGAGCCUCCUGCCGGGUCUGGACUCGGCUCAGCGGAGGCCAGAGCUGGAGGCGGCACAGACGGCUUUCCUGCAUCGCUUGGAGCUCCGCGUCUUCUUGCUGUGGGACGAGUUUCCUCUGUUCUCCAUCUUGAUGUGGCGCAUCGGAAAGCUGCUGUUUUAGAAAACGGAUUAAAUUCACCAAUCUGC